AUGUUUGCAGAAACAAGCAGAAAAGAUGUUAAAUCAUCGUCAUCUCGAUUUGAUCCACUCGAAAUAGGUUCGACCGUUAGAGUAUCGAUACCAGAUGUAGAUCGUGCUCGCGGAGCUCCGCGUAAUUUAUUAGCAGUCGUUUUAGAUGUCGAAAAUGAUCUUUACAAAUUAGGUACUGAACAUGGACACCUAAAACAUAAAUACACAAGAUCUGAGCUAGUACCUUGUAAAGAAAAACUUCUCGACAUACUUAAGUUCAUCAAAGAAAAAGAGCUUACUCUUCGAGAGGCAGCAGGUUUGAGCAGUAUUUCAGGCACUCAAGGGUACCAACGAUGUCACUGCAAAACUAAAUGUAAAAAUAAUAAAUGUGCUUGUCGUUCUUCAGGCAAACUUUGUAAUUCAAAAUGCCAUGGAUCAUUACCAUGUGAAAAUAAGUAG